AUGGCGAGGAAGACAUUCGCGUGCGUCUUCGCGCUCGUCUUCAUCAGCGCGGCGUACGUCCGGACCACGAGCGCGGACCAGUGGGUCGAGGACGAGGCCUCCGCGACGAACGCCGCGAGCGGGCUCAGGGGCGAACGACGACCGCUCGCGCGAUCGUCGUCUUCGUCGUCGUCGGACCCCCAGCGCUGGGUCGAGGACGACGCGCGUCGCGCGCCCGAGGCGCGAAGCGCGUCCCCGAACGCGCCGAUACUGGAAGACGACGUCAACUUCGGCGCGAGCGCGCAUCCGCUCAUCUUGACGGACGACGACCGCGACGCGCCACCGCCGCGAGCGCCGCCUCUCGACGACGACGGCGUCGAGCCAGAGGCGCGCGACCGCGCGCUCGACGCGAGGCGCGCGCCGUGGCUGAACUGCGACGAUCUCGGCGCGACGACGCCGCUGCCGCCGACGCCGCCGAAGACGCUGUCGUUCUUCACGCUCGGGGACUGGGGCGUGCGCGGGUUGCGAGGGACGGACUCGCGAGCGGUCGCGCGCGCGAUGCUGUGCUCGGGAAAAGAUCCCGCGUCGCUGCCGCGGUUCGUCGCGACGCUGGGGGAUAACUUCUACCAGUCCGGCGUGCGCGACGUCGACGACGCGCAGUUCAAGGAGAAGUUCGAGGACGUGUUCGAGACGGAACCGACGUUCAUAUCGCCGUGGUACCCCGCGCUGGGGGACCACGACCACCGCGGCUCGGUCGCCGCGCAAGUCGAGUACGGCGACAGAAACGGUCGGUGGCGGAUGCCGAGUCCGUACUACGCGCGCGUGGAGCGGCUGAAACCCGCGGGCGUGGACGCGAACGGAGCGGACCUAGGCGCGGGGGUCACCGUGCAGACGAUCGUCGUCGACUGGAUCGGCCUGGAGGGGAAACACGCGUCCCCGGGAUGGAGGGACGGGCGGCGGUUCGGCGGAGACCUGAACAAAAACGUCGCCGGAUACGACGCGGCGAACGCGCAGUGGGCGUGGCUCGAGCGCGUCCUGAGCGACGCGACGGCGGACAUCGGCGGAGGGAAGGCGGAGAAGCCGACGUGGAGGGUCGUGAUUGGCCACCGGCCGCUGAUGAGCGCGUCGGAGAGGGGGAAGAGGGACGACGCGAAGUACCCGGCGGAGGCGAAGACGCGGAGAGCGCUGAGGGAGCUGCUCGUCAAACACGGCGUGGACGCGUGGAUCAACGGGCACGACCACACCGCGCAGGUCGCGAUACGGCCUGCACGCGUUGCGAAGCGAACGAGAGCGAGGGGACGCGUUUACGUACGCGGACAGCUCGUAUCACGGUUUCGCCGCGCACCACGUCAACGCGACGUCAUUCACCACGUACUUCGUGGAUAA